AUGGCGGUUCCGGAAUAUAACCGGGCUUCGCUGAUCGCCCGUUGUACAAACCCGCUUCCUGAAAAUGUCAUCAGCCAAUAUGGAAAGCGAGUCAUCAGGGUAUCCGAUCACGAAGUGGUAAAAUGCGGACCAGAUGUAACGAAAGAAGAAGCUGAUAAUCAAAGAAUCGCCCAUGGGCUCUUGGAAAACCGCCUAGUUCGUGUUCCGCGUGUGUUUGAUUUCUUUUCUGAUGAGCAAGACUGUGGCUAUAUUGUUAUGGAGUACAUUGAUGGCACAGUGAUGGAUCCGGCAGACGAUUCAGCCCUUCGAAAAGUUGCUGACUUGAUGGAUUAUUUUGCAACAUUACGGCACACUAAUCCUAGCUCUCUAUGCGGAGGGCCGUGCCGCGGCAUUCUCUUUCCUGAAACCGAAGAUUUGCUAUUCGACAAUCUUGACCACAUGGAGAGGUGGUUUAAUAGCCGUCUACUGCCAAGCGACCCGAAUAUCUCUUUCCAAGGCUGUGACCUCGUGUUCUGCCAUUUAGAUCUCGCGCCUCGGAAUAUUCUGCUGCAAAAAGAUGGAACUAUAUGCCUUGUGGAUUGGGCGUCUGCCGGUUACUAUCCGAGAUUGUUUGAAUUUUUCGCGCAGUGGAUCUUCGAAGGAAGAAACGACAGCUUUAAUCCUCCUCUAAUGGACUUAGUAAUCCCAUUGUCGGCCAUAGAGAUGGCAUCAAAAGAUUCCUUUCUACGCGCGUGGCGAAAUAUCCAAAGAUAUGCGUUGUAA